AAACAGGCGGACCUUAAUACCUUCAGUGCUGUGACGUAGGCGCACUGCACUGUAAACUUAAAAACUGCGGUCGAACUCCGGCUUUAUUCUUAUUGUUCGGUUUUAUGAGUUUGUGGGACGUUAGAGUUGUGCUUUAUUUUAUGGAGGGACCCAAGCUACCAAUAACAGCUUUAUUUAACUAAAAUAUAAGCCCAUAUAUGCCUGUAUUUCGAUACUGGAGCAGUACAUAGAGGCAAAAGCUAACAAGUUUCGUUCCCAAACAAGCCAAUGGAUGCGCGGGUUUCGGAGUUGUUUGGGUCAGGAAAUGGACACUGCUCUGGGUCUCAAGGUGCUGCGUCGAACCACAAACCGGGAAAUGGCCUCGGUGUUGCGUCGAAGAAGACUUGUGCAAAAAACAAGAAGGCGAAAGCUCGAUUCUCCCGCAACUUCAAACCAAGCAAUAACACCCCAUAUCUACCGCCAGAGGCUGAAGAGGGAAAUAUAGAGUACAAGCUGAAGCUAGUAAACCCCACACAAAACCGCUUCGAGCACCUGGCGACACAAAUGAAAUGGCGACUGCAGGAGGGUCGAGGUGAAGCCGUGUAUCAAAUUGGUGUGGAGGAUAACGGCAUGCUGGUGGGACUGUCAGAGGAAGACAUGAGGGCAUCGCUAAAGACUCUCUAUAGGCUGGCAGAGAAAGUUGGAGCUGACAUAGCAGUUUUAAGAGAACGGGAGGUGGAUUAUGACUCAGAUGUGCCUCGGAAGAUCGCUGAAGUUCUCCUUCGAAAAGUUCCAGAUGACCAGCAGUUCUUAGACCUGCGAGUGGCAGUGCUGGGUAACGUGGACUCGGGCAAGUCCACCCUGUUGGGUGUUUUAACUCAGGGCGAACUGGACAAUGGACGGGGAAGAGCGAGGCUCAACCUUUUCAGACAUCUACAUGAGAUCCAGACUGGACGCACCUCAAGCAUCAGCUUUGAGAUCCUUGGCUUCAAUAGUAAAGGAGAGGUUGUAAAUUACAGUGAGUCUCGGACUGCGGAGGAAAUUUGCGAGAGUGCCUCUAAAAUGAUCACGUUCAUUGAUCUGGCGGGUCACCACAAGUACCUGAAAACCACCAUUUUUGGACUUACCAGCUACUGUCCAGACUUUGCGAUGCUGGUCGUCAGUGCAAACACUGGAAUAGCYGGUACCACAAGAGAGCAUCUGGGCCUCGCCAUGGCUCUGAAGGUGCCCAUCUUCAUUGUCAUCAGUAAAGUGGACCUGUGCACGCGAGCGACUGUGGAGCGCACGGUGCGGCAGUUGGAGCGUGUCCUGAAACAGCCAGGUUGCAACAAAGUGCCCACGGUGAUUAGCAGUGCAGACGAUGCCGUCACAGCAGCGCAGCAGUUCGCACAGUUGCCCAAUAUAACACCCAUCUUCACUCUAUCCAGUGUGACUGGUGAGAGUUUAGAUUUGCUCAAAGUCUUCUUCAACAUCAUCCCUCCUCUCAGCAACAGCAAGGAGCAGGAGGAGCUCAUGCAGCAGCUAACGGAGUUUCAGGUAGAUGAGAUCUACACAGUUCCUGAGGUGGGAACAGUGGUGGGAGGCACUCUGUACAGUGGUAUUUGCCGUGAAGGGGAUMAUCUUGUUGUAGGGCCCACAGAACUGGGCCAGUUCCACAAGCUGACCGUCGGCAGCAUCCAAAGGAAUCGUUCAGCGUGCAGAGUGCUCAGGGCCGGUCAGGCAGCUACACUUGCACUGGGCAACUUUGACCGAUCACUGUUACGCAAGGGCAUGGUGAUGGUGAGUCCAGAGAUGGAUCCCACCAUCUGCUGGAUGUUUGAAGCUGAGAUUGUGCUACUCUUCCAUGCUAAGACCUUUCACAARGGCUUCCAGGUUACUGUGCACAUUGGAAACGUGAGACAGACCGCCACAGUGGAAGCUGUUUAUGGCAAGGAGGAGCUGAGGACAGGCGAAAAAGCAGUGGUUCUCUUCAAGUUCCUCAAACAUCCAGAAUAUCUAAAGGUGGGGGCUAAAGUGCUGUUCAGGGAGGGGCUGACCAAAGGAAUAGGUCAUGUCACCAAGUUGCAGCCCAUCGCCCAGUACCAACCAUCCCUUGGGGGGGACUAGGAGGUCUAAAGGGUUCUUCUUAGACAAUUACAGCAGAGAACUCCGUCCCACCCCCAAAACCAGGUGCUUUAUAAACCACAUCCUGCCUUUAUGAAAUGGCCUCUCUGCACAGUUUCUCUUCUGCAGAUUUGUGCUAUUUUGUCACUAUUUUUUUUUCUCCGAAGCCUCGUCACCAUGACAUUUGUCUAUUUUGCUUCUGCCUUUUAAACACCCGAUGACAAUUUUCUCCACUCACUGGUGUUGACGUUAAGAGUGUGAUGCCUUUAACGCCUGUGAUAAAAGGAAUUAUUCUCUCAAUCACAUGUAGAAUGAAACACCACAGAAAUGUUUAUUUGGAGGGAUUUUAAGAGAAUAAGUGUGAAACAUGUUCCUAUCUAUGUUGAAGUGCUGCUUACUAAGUUUACACCUAAACRCACUCCCAACACGCUUGCACACACUUUUGCACUGAAAGAUAAAUGCCACUGUAGCUACUCACGUGGCUGUUUCGACAUCCAAGUGGAACCAGUACCAGUGUGAUACAAGAACAGUGGGUCCAUAGCAGCUAAUGUGUUGCACCAGCAGAGCCUGAAAACCAUCUAACCUUGCUAUUUAAUACUCUUAAAGGCUUUUAUACACUAAACCAACAUCGAAAACGAGAGUGAUGCUUCUGCUGUCAUUCUUUUAGUAUUGUCUCAUGAAAAAAAUAAAAGUAACCAUAUCAUCAUCAUUUGCCUAAUGUGGAUUGAUAUAUUUCCAUCAUAUCAAUAGCAGACUUGUGAAUUGGAUAGAAUCAAAACCAUAUCAUGACAGACUUGGUAUUGAGAAACAUUGUAACGUCAUCCAAACAAAUCGAUAUUUGGUAAUGUGAAACUAAGCAGCCAUUUAUACAUUWUUAUGUUACAAGUUUGUCAACUUCACAGAGUAAUCAGCCAAUUGGAUUGCGCUCUCUCACUGGUCAACGCAACAUCAAUUCAUCAGCUGAGGGGGGUGGGAAACAUACAGACAGCAUCUGUGAGUCUGCUACACACUGAAGAGUUCAGUGAUCCUGACAUUUCUGACUGCAGAUUGUUGGCUUGGUGUAUAAGUCACCUUAAACUCCAUUCUCUGAGACUGCUGAUGGCUUUUAUAUUUUUUUAUGUCAAACAAAAGCCAAAUCCUUUUGCCUUUCAGGCUGUGCUGCUGACACAGGCACUUUAAAAAUGUAAAAGUGAGAACGUGUGAGGAAUGCGAACUUGACUUUUUAAGAUGAAUUGAGAAGAUGACUUAAAACGGCAAUCGUUUAUCUGUUUGUCACGUGUUGUUAUUAGAGUUGAUUUCGAUUCACAAGUAAUGCCUCACGAUAGCGCGGCGAGAUUUGARUAGUCUCGCUUUGUCAUUUUCAAGUGCUUUAGUUCCUCAGGGCAGUGCAGACGAAGUUAGACAGCAUUCCACUUUUCACAGAACCACUUUAAUGGAGGUUUGUUGCUGAUGUAGAGGUAGAUGGAGRCAUUAGAGGGAAAAAUAUAUAGUAGUUUUACUUCCAAAGGUAUGUUUUUGUGUGUUUGCGUGAAGCUGAAUACUGAUCCAGCUCUGCUUCAAAGCAAUGAUAUUGGAGGUACUUGAUGUUGUCUCUCAAGUUACUGUUACAAGUUUAAAGAAUUUAAAUUAGUGCCUAGUGAAGCUGCCGUUUUGAGUAGUUUUCCAGUUCAGCCUAAAGUUUUACAACUUUUGAAAAAWUAUAUACUUAGGUUGGUGCUACUACUAAAAAGAAGUUUUAAUGUUUGACAUCUUUGRAAAUGUCAUGUUGGACUUUAUGUCCACACGUUAUCUGUUCUAUUGCUCCCAUGUUGUUAAAAAAAAGAAUAAACUUAAACCAAACCACGUUAAAGCUUUAAUAAGGGGUUCAGGUGUUAGAUCUGCUUUUAUGCACCAAAGUUGUAUUUUAUAGAUUUGUUGUAUCUUCAGAUUUUACAGUUGAUUCCUAGUUUUUAUAGUUGCAGUUUUCACUUUUGACAUAUUUUCACUUGUUCUGAAUUAAAGGUCUGCCUUUCUUUUAAAUUCAGAAUAUAUUUGAUAAUUCUUUGGGUUAAAUGCAAUAUUUAUGUACAGAUCCAAUUUGUGUGUUGUGAAAAGAAAAAUAAAACUUUUAUAACCUCCUGAA